AGACAAGGGGCAGCAGGUUCAAAGUCAAUACAAGUGAAGUGUAAUCUCGCCAAGAACUGGAGGGAGGAAGUUCUUACUGUCUUCAUCCACGGGCCCGGCAGAACAUUGGGCAGGAGGGUCUCUGGACAGGUCCGUCAACUCCUGACCCAAAACAAGCAUGAACCAGAAGCAGUUGGGAUAACAUUGCACAAGAACUAGACACGAAUGACAGACUUGUAAUGUUAUUUCUACCAAUAAUCCCAUUCACUUAGUUAAACGCUGUGUCAUUUACAUGAACUCACUUGACAAACUACAACAAAGACUUGACUGUUUUGUAGGCCUACAGAGAACAAAGCUCACUCUGAAGUCAUAUCAUACUGAUAUAGCGUGGCAGGUCACGUGACGCCCGCCAACCGACCCAGCGGGUAUGGUUGCCCUCACGUGACGUCACGAGCCCAGAGCCGAUAUGGAAUAUGACGUCACGCGCUAGUUAGCCGGUUGCUAGCAUAGCAGUUGCUCCUCGGCGAGGGCAAAGAUGAGCAGAAUUCCUUGUAAAAAACACAAGCUAAGGCAAUUACCUUUGAAAUUCGCUUUAAAGCCAUUGUGAUGGCGCCAAAGGACCGGCUGUCGAGGAUGAGGAGGAGGAGGAGGAAGAAGAGGAGGAGGGCAGGCCAAUGAGGUGACUAGCUAGCAUGGAGGACACCGCUAGCUUGAGGAACGCACCGAGACGCUAAGCUAGGUGGCUAGGCUAGCGGCUAACAUUUGGUUUAAAGCGCAAUAUCUCUUAAGUGUCACUCCACAGAGACACCGGAGCACCUCAGCUGUCCAAAAUGUCCUUCAGAACACACAAAAGAACCGGCCGGACGUCUCACUCUGGCGCUGUUUCCUAUCUCUGCAAGCACACCUCCCAAGCAGCAUCAGAAAGGGGAGGGGUCAUUAUGAUGUUCAACUCUGCGGCCACUUCAUUAGCUGGUCCGCCGCGGUCCAGCAUGGUUCCAGUGGAUGAGUGGGUCAGAACUCAGUAGAACUUCCUCAUAGUGGACCUGCUCAUGUAACCUGUCAGCUUGUGGUCCUCUUUUGUCCACAUUGGACGCGGUGAUGACGCCUACCAGAACUUCUUUGCAGUCAGUCUCGCUGCUCGCUGCUUCUCAUCAGGACCUCCAGGUUCGGUUCUGCUGGCGUCCCCCCACUGAACAGCCCCCCGCCUCCCCUCGCUCCUGAGAGAUGCUCUCCCCGCUCUCCUUCAACUUGCCGGCCUGACAAGUCCAGAGGGAUCCGGACUCUAGUCUGGACCGGGACCUCCUCCUCAGGUCCAGGUGUCUCGAACAGGAGGAUUACUCUUCAUCUUCAUCUUCAUCCUCAUCCUCCGAGUCCCCCCGCCCCCUCCCUUUCCCCUCCACAGUCUUGUGAUGUUUUCCAUCCAGGACGGCCUCCCUCGGGGGGGUCUGACCAUGAAGGAGGAACCGCUUCCCACCGGCAUGACCCCGGUGCGUUCCUGGAUGCAGGGCGCGGGAAUCCUGGAUGCCAACACGGCCGCGCAGAGCGGUGUGGGUUUAGCCCGAGCGCACUUUGAGAAGCAGCCGCCGUCCAACUUGAGGAAGUCCAACUUCUUCCACUUUGUCCUGGCGCUGUACGACCGGCAGGGCCAGCCAGUGGAGAUCGAGAGGACGUCCUACGUGGACUUUGUGGAGAAAGACAAGGAGUACAAUGGUGAGAAGACCAACAAUGGGAUCCACUACAGGUUACAGCUUCUCUACAGCAAUGGCAUCAGGACGGAACAAGACCUCUACGUGCGCCUCAUUGACUCCAUGACAAAACAGCCCAUCCUGUAUGAGGGACAGGACAAGAACCCGGAAAUGUGUCGUGUCUUGCUCACACACGAGAUCAUGUGCAGUCGCUGUUGUGACAAAAAAAGUUGUGGGAAUCGGAACGAGACGCCCUCAGACCCCGUCAUCAUUGACAGAUUCUUCCUCAAGUUCUUCCUCAAGUGCAAUCAGAACUGUUUGAAAAAUGCAGGAAACCCACGGGACAUGAGGCGCUUCCAGGUUGUGGUGUCCACCACCGUCAACGUGGACGGUCACGUGUUGGCCGUCUCUGACAACAUGUUUGUCCACAACAACUCCAAACAUGGGCGCCGCGCACGCCGCCUGGACCCCUCUGAAGCAGCCACGCCAUGCAUCAAAGCCAUCAGCCCGAGUGAAGGCUGGACCACCGGAGGCGCCACCGUCAUCCUCAUCGGAGACAACUUCUUUGACGGCCUGCAGGUGGUGUUUGGAACCAUGCUGGUCUGGAGCGAGCUCAUCACGCCUCACGCCAUCCGGGUCCAGACGCCUCCGCGCCACAUUCCCGGCGUGGUGGAGGUCACGCUGUCCUACAAGUCCAAACAGUUCUGCAAGGGAGCACCGGGUCGCUUUGUCUACACAGCUUUGAACGAGCCCACCAUCGACUACGGCUUCCAGAGGUUACAGAAGGUCAUCCCUCGCCAUCCUGGAGACCCCGAGAGGUUACCUAAGGAAGUGCUGUUGAAGCGUGCGGCUGACCUGGUGGAGGCGCUCUACGGGAUGCCUCACAACAACCAGGAGAUCAUCCUGAAGCGAGCGGCCGACUUGACAGAGGCUCUCUACAGCGUCCCACGCGCUCACAACCAACUUCCGUCACUCGGAGGCUCCGCCCACUCGGGAAUGAUGGGCGUCAACUCCUUCAGCAGCCAGCUCGCCGUCAACAUCUCAGAAGCCUCGCAGGCCGACCAAGGUUAUUCCCGCAACUCCAGCAGCGUGUCUCCUCGCGGCUACGCUCCCAGCUCCACGCCACAGCAGUCCAACUACUCCACCAUCACGUCCUCCAUGAACGGGUACGGCGCGGCCGCCAUGGGCAACCUGGCCGUGCCCGGAUCACCCGGCUUCCUCAACGGCUCCGGCGCCAACUCGGCUUAUGCAAGUGUGAUGCUCUCCUGUGAUUGGCUCCAAGAGGCUCCGCCCACCUUUCAGAGGGAAAACUUGACACAUUUUCUUGAAAGUUCCAGAGGAGAAAAAAGGAAGAAAAGGGUGAAAAGAUGGAAGGGGAAAAGAGGAAGAAGGAAGCCUGAGAUGACCUUUAUUCACAUUCAUGUGUUUCCCUCCAUGGACCGAGGAGGAGGAAGGACCCUCGUCUUCCUCUUCAUCCUCCUGUGAAGCGUCACUGCGGGGUUAAUUCUUGUUGCCGUGGGAGACCACAAAGAGAGGGCGAGCAGAAAACAACAUCAAAUAUUCAACACCGACUAAAACGAGAAGGACGAAGACGAGGAUGAAGGUGAAGAUGAUGAGCUGCCCCAAGGUCGUGACUGUCCACCCACUUCCUGUCCCUGCACUACAAACUUGGAAUCAACCAAUCGCCUUGAAAGGAAAGGAAUCAUCGUCUCAGUUGGCACACUUAGUAAGGAAUACUUCCAUGAGUACACUUCAAUAAGUGCACUGUUCCAUAUGUUGUUACUUUUCAGUGCUUGAGUGCUGAUCAGUGGCUCCGCCCCUUCAAGAGGCGUGAACCUGUAAGACGAGGUGUGCGUGCGUUCAGGUGAAGAAGUGGCUUCUGAUUGGCUGUGAGACUUUGGCGAGGAGCAGCAGUGCAUUGUGGGAAGCAUCAAAACAAGCUCUGGUUUCGUCUCCUUGACCCAGAGCUGGCGGACAUCUCCGCCCGCGCCCCCCGCCCCUGUUUCUCUCCGUGGACCAGGCUUGGUCCUGAGGGUCCAUCGGCCCUUGACUGACUGAUUAAUGGACUGGACCGCAGUCAGCUGGUGAGAUUACAGACUCCGCCUCCUCGUUGUGGGACGCUGCCGCAAAGACGAACAUCCAGCAUGUUCUGUGCCAACCCCACCCCCCACCCCUCCUCCCCUCCCAAUCUCCACACACACACACACACACACACACACACAGCGCCCUGGAAGCUGAGACGUUGGGGAAAUUAACGUUAGGAUGGAGGAGGAGGGUGUGGUGGGGGGGGGCGUGGGGGGCGUCUUGCCAAAUCAUCUGAGAUCUUCGUCCUCCUCCUCCUCUUUUUCUCCUUUUUCCAUUUUGUUUGUGCCUGCCGACGAAUCCCAGGCCGCACUUUUUCGGCUCUCCAUCAAAUCCCGACCGUCCUCGUGGAUCCUUGGCGUCUCGUUACGGCGCAGAGGCGGCAAAGACAUUGAGAUCAAAGGGAUACUUCCUGUCAUCAAUCAUGGCCGCCAACAAAGCUGCCAGCUUCCUACGUAAACAUCACGCCGCCACAUAAAUCCUCGUCUGGUGCGAGGGCCGUCCUCGGACCCCCACUUCCCCCUCACCACCACCACCACCACAAUGUGCUCAUGAUCACGGCGAGCCUGAGCGGGAAUAAAUUGACCAUUUAGUGCCUCAACAAGAUGAAGGGGGAGUGACUUGUGGGCUUGUUUGACCUUUGAACCUUUGCUAAAGGGUAACAUACCCAAACCGGUACAUCUCACCUGCAACCCCGUCGUUUUUUGGGUUUUUUUUUUAUGCCAGCUGUCCUCUCUGCUUCCUUUGAGGCUCAAUGAAGUGGUGGG